AUGGACCGCCUAUGGAAUCUCAUCCGUAGUAGCGCAUCGAAGGAAUUCGCUGUGUCUCUAUUCGGAAUAUGGGUACUGUGCUGGCUCGCCGUCGGUGUGUAUAGGGUGUAUUUCCAUCCUCUAGCCAACAUUCCUGGGCCAAAGUUGGCAGCAUUUACGUUUUGGUACGAAUUCUACUAUGAGAUCUAUCCGCACAAGUUCCAGUAUAUGUGGAAGAUCAAGCAGCUACAUGAAGAAUACGGUAGGCUAAGCACUGGUAUUUGCCUUCCCGAUCUGAUCAGAGCAACAGGCCCUAUCAUACGUAUCAACCCUCUCCAAGUUCAUAUACAUGACGCGGAUUACUUCGAGACCAUUUACGCAUCCGGCGCCAACCACAAGCGAGACCGUUGUAGUUGGUCGCAUCAUUCCGGUGCAAAGACUUGGGCAGGCGCUAUACUGGAGACGAUGGACCAUGACUUGCAUAAGCUGCGACGAAACGCCGUAUCGCCCUUCUUCAGCAAGCGCUCGGUCCAAGCUCUCGAAGGGCUUGUCGUGAACAACACCAAGAAGCUGGUGAACCGUUUCGCAGGCGAAAUGGACAAGACUGGACCUAAAGCCGGUGUCGUAAACCUCAACAACGCAUACGCUGCCUUCACCAUGGACAUCAUUUCCGAGUACUGUUUCGGAGAGUCGAUGAAAAGUCUAGAUCACGACGAGUAUGCCAAAGACUGGCUCAAAAUGAUGCACGAGGGCAUGCAGAUUGAGCCAUUCGCGCGCCAAUUCCCUACCAUCUUCAACUUCAUGUUAGAUCUUCCGCCGCAUAUUGUUGCGAAACUGGAUUCCGGGAUAGCCCAAUUGAAUGCCUUCAAUCUCAGUAUGCUGGGCAAGAUUAAACGGAUCAUGAAUCGUGAGGACGGUGACGGCGACGCGAAGAACCUCAGGCGGACUAUAUUUCACGACAUACGAGAUGAUGUUGGUUGUAAACUUCCGGAGAAAGAGAAAGAGCCCAUGAGAUUGAUGGCGGAUGCCAGUGUUAUCCUUGGUGCGGGGACAGAGACGACGGCAAGGACUAUGGCGGUCACCACCUACUACCUGAUCAAGGACCCCGAGAUCGGAGAGAAGUUGAGAGAGGAACUAAAGAUCGUGAUGCCAACAGUGAACCACGAAGUCUCACUAUCUCAGCUGGAGGCUCUGCCAUACCUGACCGCAGUAAUAAACGAAGGACUCCGCUGCGCUCACGGCGUGUCCUCCCGCCAACCCCGCGUCCCCACCGGCGAAUCCCUUCAAUACGGCCCCUACACUAUCCCUCGCGGCACACCCGUAAUGCAAUCCUCCUACCUCCUGCACACCGACCCCUCCAUCUACCCCGACCCGCUCACUUUCCGUCCAGAGCGGUGGCUCGAUAACCCCAAACUCACGCGCUACUUCUUUGCUUUCGGACGUGGGAGUCGGAAUUGUCUGGGCAUGAAUCUAGCUACGUCGGAAUUGUACACGGGGCUUGCGAUGAUUUGGCGGAGGUUUAGGAUGGAAGUGAACGAUACAGUGGAGAGGAGGGAUGUAUUGACUACGAACGAUUGCUUUUUGGGUAUGCCGGAUUUGGGGAGUGAGGGGAUUCAGGUUAGGGUUGUUGGGGUGGUGGAGGGGUGA